UGUGUGUGUGUGUGUGUGUAUGUGUGUGUGUGUGUGUGUGUGUGUGUGUACACACUCAGAGGCUGCCCUCCUUUUGUAACAGUGGAGUUUUGAUUCUAACAUAAUAAUCCAAGAUCAUCCUUGAAGCCAGACCACGCGUGCUGAUCAGGUUUGUCCAUGUUGCUUUAAGAAGCUGAUGAAGACACUGCAGCACAGCAGAACCGCCGUCAGACGUCCCUCAUGUCGUUCCUGGAUUGCUCCUGUAUCUCCACCCACUCUCAGGUCCAGCCAGUUAGCUGUGAGGAUCACUAUGAGGACAUAAGCGGGUCGUACCUGAGCAGUGAUGGCUCGUUCUUCGGAGCUAAUGAUGACCUCUCCAGCUUGUCUGCUGAUCCUGCAGACUAUCAGCUGCUCUCAGUACUUGGGCAGGGAUUUAAUAACCUAAGCCAGGUGAGCAUGGCUCGUCACACACCAUCCGGACGACUGGUGGCGGUGAAAAACACCAAUCUGGAUGAGUGUACGGAGGAGGAGCUUCUGCAACUUAUGAACGAGGCGCUCUUGUCCAGAUUGUUUCGUCACCCAAACCUGUUGACGUCCAGAUUAGUGUUCAGUUCCUGCUGCCAGCUGUGGGUGCUCUCUCCGCUGAUGAGCUAUGGUUCUGCAGACUCGUUACUCCGGUCAUUUUUCCCAGACGGCAUGAGUGAAUCCCUGGUUGCGUAUCUGCUUUACAGCGUCCUGAAUGCUCUGAAAUACCUGCACCACAUGGGCUACAUCCACAGAGGUGUGAAGGCGAGUCACGUGCUGCUGUCAGCGGGGGGACACGUGUGUCUUUCCGGAUUGGAGUGUGUGUACAGUCUGAUGAGAGAUGGGAAGAGGAUGGAGGUCGUGUUCGACAUGCCGCAACACAAACCAUCACUACUGCCCUGGCUCAGCCCGAGCUUCUUGUCGCUGCAGGAUCUGCAUGGUUACGGAGUGAAGUCUGAUAUCUACAGUUUGGGUGUCUUGGCGUUAGAGUUAGUCAGUGGAAGAGUUCCGUUCCAGGACAUGCCCCCAACUCUGAUGCUGCUGCAGAAGCUGCGAGGCUCUCUGAGCUGCAUGCUUGAUGGUGCCCCCUAUGCUCUGGGUGAGUUCAGUGCUCUAAAGGUGUCUCGGUCUGGAGUGGACUCGGGGAUCGGCGAGAGUGUCGCUGCAGGAAGCCUCACUUGCACAGCCACUGCAGAGAGACCGCGAAGCCCCGCCCCCAAAAAUCACUCUGCCCCCUUCCACAACCUGCUCCAGUUGUGUCUACAGCAACAACCUGAACGCAGACCAUCAGCAUCAGCUCUCCUCACUCAUCCCUUCUUUAAACAGGUGAAGAAACACACCCCGGACUCGUUCCUCAGUUUGAUAUACCCAGCCAUUCCUCUCUCCUGCCCCGUGGACGUUUCUCCAUCUCCCCCAUUGCUGCAUACUGACACACACACCAACACCAACCAGGAGCCGGCAGAUGGAGGAGUGUGGGAUUUCUCCUAAUACACACUCUACAUACAUACACUCUACACACACACUCUGUACACACUCUGUACUCGCACUCUUCUCACACACACACACUCUGUACACACUCUUUGUCGUUCUUGGACAUAUUUUUUCAACCUGGUGAUUUCCCAACACACACACUUCUACUGUGAUCCUCCAUUCUGGCUCAUUCAGUACGUAUUGUUUUUGAGCUACUGUGAAAAUCUUCAUGUCCUGUUUGAAAAGCUUUUCCUCACUAAUAGAUCUUAGGGAAGUCUUGUGGAAAUGUCCCACCUACAAUACAUCACCAAAAUGAUUGACCUUUCCAGCCAGAUGUGAGUUCUUCCCCAAACGUUUACCAUGUAUUUGGAGCCACACAAUUAUAAAGGGUGUCUUUGGAUGCAUUGGGUUGCGGAAAAAUUUCCCUUCACUUGAACUAGGAGACCCGAGUUUCCAUGGAAAGCAUAUCUUCUUGGAAUUCCGGGUGUUCUAAAUGUUUAUAUCCACAAAUCUUGUUCAAAGGAACAAAGGAAGAUUCUAAUAACAGCAAAUGGGGAAUAAAUGUGGAAUGGGAUGUAAAGAAAUAUACAUAAAAUCUGAUCUCAUAUGAUCAGGUGUCCACAAACUUUUGUAUACUUUAGUGUAUAAUCUGGUAUGUCUUUUUUUCAAGGUAGACACGGUCUCUUACUGUCCUAAGAGGUUAGUUAGGCUAAAGUAGUCCUUUUUUUCCCUUUCAUUUGUUGUUCCAUGUUCAAUAAUAAUAAUUAUUGAUGAUGAUAAUAAUAAUAAUAAUAAUAAUAAUUAGGACCCCCCCUUAUUUUUUAAUAGUGAGCCAUGCUGUGAUUUAUUGUACAUUCAUAAAAAAUAAAUAAAUAAAUGGAAAAUAAUAAUAAUAUUAAUAAUAAUAAUAAUAAUAAGGAAGAAACAUCAUUUUAGUUUUGUAUAGUUUGUAGUUUUGUAUUGUAUAAUUAUUUUAGGUAUAGCUAUGUAUUUAAUUUUUAUAUAGCAUAAAAAAAGAAGAGUAAAAUAAUAGUAAUAAUAACAAUGUUUUUUAAUAUUUACAUUUCUUAACAGUAGUGAGCCAUGCUGUGAUUUAUUGUGCAUUUAUUGAAAAAUAUAAUAAUAAUAAUAUUAAUAAUCGAACAUUAUUAUUCUUAUUUUGCAAUAUUUAACCACGCUGUGAUUUAUUGUGCACUUCUUGAAAAAUGUAAUACAUAUAAUAAUAAUAAUAAUAAUAAUAAUAAUAAUAAUAAUAGAACAUUAUUAUUCUUUCAUUUUUUUUUUAGCAAUAUUAAACCACGCUGUGAUUUAUUGUGCAUUUCUUGAAAAAUGUAAUAAAUAUAAUAAGAAGUUAUAAUAAUAGAACAUUAUUUUUCUUUUUUUUAAUAGUUUUUUUUAGCAAUAUUAAACCGUGCUGUGAUUUAUUGUGCCCUUCUUGAAAAGCUAUAAUAAUAAUAAUAAUAAUAAUAAUAAUAAUAGAACAUUAUUCUUUUUUUAAUAGUUUUUUUGACAAUAUUAAACCAUGCUGUGAUUUAUUGUACAUUUAUUCACAAAAAAUAAUAAUUUUUUUUUUCUUUUUCUUUUUUUUAGCAAUUCUUUAAGCAAUAUGAAGCCAUGCUGUGAUGUAUUGUACAUUUCUAUCCUAUAAUAGUGUGGGAGCUCAGCUCUUCCUCUGCUCUUGCCUUAUUUAGCCUUAUUUAGGUUUUAUUUUUUUAAACGGUUGUUUUUUAUGAAUAUAAUUCUCUUCUGAAAUGUUCAUAGCUGCAGUACAGUGAAAUGUUGAGAAACGCUGUAAGUUCAGACACAUCACUGUAGUAGUGACACCGAUAUACUGAGGCUCCAGUGCUGGGGAAAUCAAAUGUGUGUGUGUGUGUGUGUGUGUGUGUGUGUGUGUGUGUGUGUGUGUGUGUGUGCGUAUUUCCAAGUACAGAAACCUGAACCCUGUGUUAACAGAACAUGUGAACAAUCACAACCUCAUACUGCUGAAGAACUAAAGACUGUGAUUGACUCUGUAUGGACUACUCAUGUUUCUGAUUGUUUUUAUCCUGCGUAUAUAAAUAUAUUCUCACCUACUCUCUUA